AAGAGUGGGGUGUGGCCCAAGGACUUAAACCACAAUCCAGGUUCACAGUGACCCACUGUGUCUGCAGCUCCCAGGUGAACUCAGAUCACGGGCUCGCAGGAUGGAUCUCUCAGACGCGCUUGAUGGUGGGUUCAGUGGUGGCAACCAGCCAGGCAACCCCACCUGGCCAGGCCAGCCGGGCGCCAACCCUGCCUGGCCCGGAGGCCAGCCGGGCGCCAACCCCGCCUGGCCCGGAGGUCCAUCUGGGGGUGGAGGUCCAUGGCCUGGAGGAAACCCCAACCAACCCUCCUGGCCCUCCCCUCAACCCAACGCACCUGGAGGAUGGCCCAGUCCUGGACCUGGGCCUGGCAUCCCUGCUGCUGCCCAACAGAUUCUGACGGUGCCCUACAAUCAUAACCUGUCCAUGGGAGUUUAUAACAAAAUGCUGAUCACCAUCGCUGGAUCAAUCAAACCCAACGCCAACAUGUUCACAGUGGAUCUAGCAACACCAAGCGAUCUGGCCUUCCACUUCAACGUUCGCUUCAAUGAGCAUGGCAAGAAGGUCAUUGUCAGGAACAGCUGCUUCGGUACGAAGUGGGGGAAAGAGGAGCGACAGCUGCAGAACUUCCCAUUCGUCCAGGGAAAGCCAUUUGAGAUGAAAAUCCUGUGCACCGACACAGAGUUCAAAGUGGCCGUUAACAGUGCUCACCUGCUGGAGUUCAAAUACCGGUUCACCAACCUGAGCUUGAUCAAGAUGAUGAAUAUCUACUAUGACGUCACCUUGUCCAAGGUCUCUGUGGAGACUCUGCCGUGAGACA